AUGAAGCGCUCCUCCAGCCGUUUCUGGUGGUUGGUGCUGUUUUUGACCCUGUUGCGGCCCCCUUCGGUACCCAGCUGGUUGGGCCCCGCCGUGGCCGUGGAUGGUGCCCCCUGCGCUGUGCUGGUGCACCCGGACCAGGGCCUCCCAACCCUGGCAGCCCAGGGCUUGAUGCCGGUGCAAUGGCCGGAGGCUGGGCAGCAACUGCUGCGGCGGAUCCAGUGGGAUGUGAACGGAUCGAGCCCGGUGCGAGUCAUGGCGCUGUCUGAGUUCUGCCGGGCCAUGGAGAGGGGUUUGAACGCCUCUCUGGCCGUGGGCAUCGAUUGGCCGGCCUUGGCAGAGCUGCCACGCAGCUGCGCCACGGUCAUGGACAAGGUGACUGCGGUGCCUACCAGGCUCUUCUUCAACAGCACCUCCGCCUCGCUGGCGCCAUGGCCCAGCUCCAGCGCUCCGAACAACCGCCGCGGGCGGAAGUUGCAGCGCCGCGUGCUGCGGCUGAUGGCACGGAACAGCAUGGAGGAGUUGGUGUGGGCCUUCUUGCUGCUGAUGGACAAGAAUGUCGGGGAAGUGGAAGCGGUGCAGGACCAGCUACCACACCCCAGUGGCUGGUCCUUGGCGCGCGCCACAGCCUUCUGCGGACCGCAGUUCUUGGCGUGCAUGGCCAGUCCCAACUGUAUGAAGGGUUUGUUCUGCGUGGCGCGAUGUCAUUUGGAUGACCAGACUUGCAGCUAUCGAUGCCUUUUGAAGUACGAUAGCUGGUUGAUCACCAAGUUCUCCUCCUGCGCAUUCCAGAAGCAGAAUGUCAUGAACUUCCAUGCCGCACGUCCCAAGCUGCCGCACGUCAAGCCAGUGGAAGCUGGGCUGGCAGACUUCCAAAGCAAGUUCGCCCUGGAAAUGGCGGGAAGCUUUGACAACACUCAGCUGAACGUGCGGGCAGCUACGCGGAUCUUAAUGGGUCACGCCAGCAAGCAGAAGUACAGCUGGAUGGUGGCAGCUGCUUCGAGUGAGGCCUAUGCGCAGUUUAGCUUGCAGUAUCAGAUUUGGUACUAUCGCAAAAGUGUGCGGAGGUUGUACUACAAGGCUGUUUUCCUUGCUGAGGGUCGCGAUGGCCGAGACUCCUGGCACUCGCGGAGCUACCAGGUGCUGCCGCUGCGGACGCCGGGCAGCUGGCUCUUCGCGGCCAAUGACGGAGGGGUCCAGCUGCGGGAGCAUUGGUACCUUCUGGGUGCAGAUGCGUCACUUCGAUGGAUGGUGCUGUACUUCACGGGCUCCGCAAAGAAAGCUGGUAUGGCCUACAGGGGCUGUAUGUUGCUGACGCCCGAUGGUCAAGUGCCGGGGCGAAGCAUGAUGCCGAUCAUCGCGCAAGCCUUGGCCCGGGCGGAAAUGCAGCCGUGGGAGCUGCGACCGGUGAACAACACUGUGAAUCACACAGCAGGGCCGCCACCACUAGAGGUGUCCAAGUAG